AUGGCUUAUUUUGGAAAUAAUCCAUAGCGUGGAGAAUUGCAAGAGCUUUAUGCUGAUUUAAAUGAUCUGAAUUUUGAAAAGAAGAAAGAAGCUGUUAAGAAGGUGAUUGCUUAUAUGACAGUGGGCAAAGACGUAUCAGAUCUAUUUCAAUCUGUCAUAAAGUGUUUAGAAUUUAAUGACAUAGAGAUGAAAAAACUAAUUUAUUUAUAUAUUGUCAACUAUUCCAGAUAAAAGCCAGAUGAUGCCAUAAUGGUGAUACAAAAUUUUAGGAAGGAUGUGAGAAAAUCAGAGAAUCCUUUGGUAAGAGCACUAGCCAUAAGGACUUUCGGGUGCUUGAGAGUACCGAAACUUAAUGAAUAUUUAAUAGAGCCUCUUAAAGAUUGUAUAUAGGAUGAUGACCCUUAUGUCCGUAAAACUGCAGUGUUGUGUGUCCCAAAAGUAUAUGAAGUGUCCCCUGAGAUAUGUCCUCCGUUGUUGGAAAUUCUGUAGAAGUUAUUAGAGAAGGAAUCAAAUGCAUUAGUUUUGGCUAAUUUGAUAUAAUCAAUGAGAGAAAUUGAGGUUGUAAGUGGCAAAUAAAUUAUCAAUUUGAACCAGAAGAUCAUUUAAAAGUUGUUAUUGGCUGUUGAUGAAUGCAUUGAAUGGGGAUAGAUAUUUAUUUUGGAUUAUUUAGCCACUUAUAAUCCAUAGGAUUCAAAAUAAGCUGAAGUAAUAAUAGAAAGAACACUACCAAGACUGAGUCACAUAAAUCCAACUGUUACAUUUUGUGCUGUUAAGGUUAUACUCAAAUAUUUGGAUUUCUUAGAUAAUGGAGAACUAGUUAAGAAUUUAUGUAAGAAAGUGGCACCCUCUUUAAUUUCCCUAUUAUCUUGGAAUCAACCAGAAGUAUAAUACACAAUCCUAAGAAACAUCUCUUUGAUUUUACAGAAGUUCCCAAUCUUGUUCGAAAACGAUGUUAAGGUGUUUUUCUGUUCAUUUAAUGAACCCUAUUAUAUCAAAUACGAGAAAUUGGAUAUCAUGGUUAGAAUUUGUGAUUCCAAAAACUUUGCUUAAGUUCUUAAUGAACUUCUCAUUUAUUUAAAUGAAGCCGAUCCUCAUUUUGUCAGAAAGACUAUUAAGUCAAUUGGAAAAAUAGCAAUCACUUAUGACAAAGCCUUGGAUAAAGCAGUCUCUAUUUUAGUGGAAUUUGCUAAAAACAUUUAAUCACCAACUGAGCCAGUCUAAGAAUUGCUCAUUUAAAUGCAACUUAUUUACAAAAAGAGCAAAUAGAUGUAUAAACAUGAAGAUAGUCUAAAAGUCAUAUAUUCUAUCAUCGAUUAUGCAAAUGAAUCAGAAUCUAAAAGUGCAUGUGCAUGGAUUGUAGGAGAAUUUGGUGAAUUCAUUCCUAAAUCAGUAGAAAAAAUGAAAGAGUAUAUCGAUAAUUUCUAAAUGGAAGAUAGAUUAGUUUAACUCUAAUUACUUACUUCAGCAGUCUAAUUAUAUCUCAAAUAUCCAUCAUAAUGUUCUGCUCUUAUCUAAUAGUUGAUCGUAUCUGCCAAAGACUCAUUUAAUCCUGAUGUUAGGGAUAGAACCUAUAUUUAUUGGAGAUUGUUGUCAACCGACCCUGAAAUUGUUAAGAACUUAGUUUGCUUUAAUAGUGGAACCUUCUCCAAUUUUUCAAAGGAUCUACGCUUAUGGGAAACCUAAGAUUUAGUUUUAGCUUUAGAAAAUAUGGGGAGCAUCAGCAAUCUAUUCCACAAACUACCACAUCAAUUGUAUAAGAACAUCAAAAUUAAAGUCAACAAUUAACAGGAAGUUAAGAUUUACAAAGGAGAAGAGAAACCAGAAACCUAGGUCAAAGAACAAUAAGAUGAAAAUCAGUAAAAUAUCCAAAAGGAGUAAUAAUAAGAUAUUGAUCUUUUAAAUUUCGAUGAUCCUCCUGUUAAUAACAAUAAAAAUAAUAAUAGUAACAAGACAGAUUUAUUUGAGCUUAUUUGA